CCCGUCCCCUCCCCCCACCCAAAAAAUGCAAAGUGAGGAAUGUGAAAAUGGCAAAUCUAGAUCAAUGGGUGCGUUUCAAGAUGGAGUUAGAAAGUUAAAGCUAUGCUAUUAUAAAGGUUUAAUCAUAUAGUAUCUAAAUUCACAGUAUCAUUAAGGCACAGGCUUAAUAACGCAAUAAAGCAAUUUUUAGUCUUCAUCUUGUUUGAAUUAAUCUGUUAUAUAGAGAUCCGGAGUUUGACCAUGGUUUUGAAUGUGAUAUAGCUAUAUUGGCUGGCUCUAAUCCUUGGCAAAGGCAAGGAACAAAGUGAUGUUAGACGGGUUGACUAAGCGAGUGACCUGUAUUCUUCUGGAAUGGUAAUACCUAAUUGCAUAAACUGACUCUGAUGCAUGUUGCCUAACCAGUUACACUGAUAUAAUCAACCGCGCUACUCAUCUCUCAUGACCAGAAGUCAGCACAAUUCAGUUGGCAUCGUGAUCUUGUACUGUAAGCCAGUUGAUCUAGAUUGGACAAGAUGUUGGAGGUUCUUAAAGAAAGCUUGAAACUCGAGUGUCGUUGUCAUGGCCCUUCUGCUUCAUGCGUCACUGAAACAUGCUGGAAUUCCCUGCCUGCCUUCAGAGAAAUCGGAGUUAAAAUGCAGAACAAAGUGGAUUCCUCGCAGCGAGUUCGUACCCGAAAAGUUCCUUCAAGAAGUGGGAUGCGUAAUGUGGCUCUACUAUUGGAUAAUAGUGGAUCUAAAAUCCGUAAACCACACCUUUCUUCGCUGGUGUAUAUCUCCAACUCUCCUACAUAUUGUGAGCCAGAUUUCAAGCUAAAAAUCGUGGGUACCUCGGGAAGGAUUUGCAACAGGACCACCACAGAUGCUGACAACUGCGGACUGCUCUGCUGUGGGCGUGGAUAUGACACGCACGAAAUGACGAAACGGUGGCUGUGUCAUUGUAGAUUUGAGUGGUGCUGUCGGGUCAUAUGUAAAAAAUGCAAGAAAAAUGUCGAGGUAACGCGUUGCAAAUAGCACUCCUUGGUAACAUUAGCACAACUAUUUGAUGGCUUGUCGUGGUACAUUGAGWAUUUGAGCUAAUUUAAAACUAUAGUACAUUUAUUUAUAUAAGUGAACGAAGAGAAGCUGAUGGUCUUCGAGUGUCGUUCGAGUGUUCUUUGAAAUAGUACAGUUUAUCUUACACUAAAUACAGUGGUUUUACUUACCCCUUGAAGUAGUUACAGUAAGGAUACUCGAACACUUCGCGUUUGUGUCACUUUUUUAAGACGCAUACUGUAAGUCAUCCCUUGAUCCAAUCGAUUGGAAACGAGAUUUCUUUUCAUCACACGGUGUAUUUGAACUCAAUGCUUUUUUUUUGCUUCAUUUUUCUUUUCAUUUUUUUUUCUUUCACGGUUCGAGUGUCCCCAACGUAAUAGACUAAUUCUUGGUUUGCGAUCAAUCCCAAGAGAGCACAAUAACAGAAGGGAUGUCCGCCAUGUUGGAAGAUAUAACAAAACAAUUCAUUGAAAAAUCUUUUGUCAAAUUCUUCCAACAUGACAGCUAUGACGUCUAUUGCAAAGGAAGAAUAGAGGUUGGUAGAUCGUAAUUUGAAGACAAUGAACUCUUGACUAUAAAAAAAAUGCUAGUCAACAUGUAAUAGUCAAACAGACACAAAAGAACAACAGAAUCUGUUUCACGGAUAUAGUGGUUUUAACCUAUUUCCAUUGUUUUCUUAUGUGUCUAUUUGACUAUCACACAUUAACAAGUAUUUUUUGUUUCACCUUCUAAGUAAAAUAACUCUAGUACAAAAUAGUGCUAUGCCUAUCGUUUCAUCAGUGCUAAUUAGUACUAAAAAUUAACAAUUAGACCCGCAGCCCUCAUGGUCUACUCUAAAGACUGGCCACAUUACAUCGAAUAUUUAAGUUCUUAUAUUUAUUUGACUCGCGGAUGAAACACCCCAUGGGAAGAAAAGCCAAACCAAUAUUUUUCAGUCUUAAAAAACAGCUACGCACUCGACUAUAAGUCUGUCGAAGACUCUAGACAGUAGCUAGGUUCGAUGUUGUCUGACGUAACAUUCUUAAAGCCGGAAUGGUCAAAUGGUGAAAGGUUUCCCGCCUGACCAUUGCCCUGUGCAUGAUACCUUUACUUUCUUAUUUAUAUUGAUAUACUGCAUAUGCUAUUUACCGACGGAGGGAGGGGUGGUCCUGCCUAAAGGGACUCUGAUUCGAUUUCAACUUAUCAAGAAUUGAAGUACAUUGUUUUGCCCUCCUGAUCAGCACUUAGAAUAUAACUGAAAGGGAGCUUAAGACGCCGUGCGUCACUUCCCCUAUGAUCCGAACAAAAGGGCACCAAAUCUAUUGCUCUAAUAAACCAAUAUGGCGGCUAUGACAUCCCAUUUACUCUACUAAAAUGGAGCUACAAAUGUUACGUCUCUCGUCUAUUUAUACGAUGUUUCCAACAAGUGGAAAAAAUACCUUGUUAUAAGAUGAAAUCAAAUAAGGUUAUAAUUGAUAUUUAUGAACCGUGGCUUUGCAAUGUAAUUUUUUAUGGAUUCCUUGUUAGUCAUUCUGAGGUUUAGGGUAAAAAUUGGGUGGAGUUGGCAUUCGGCAGUGCAUUGUGGGACUAUAUUAGAAUUAUAUUUGCGAGAUGACGUUUAUUUCGUCCCCUAAACAGUCCCAAAAUGCACUGCAGUUCCAACUCUACCCAGGUUUUUCCUCAACCUUGGACUAGCUAAUGCGUUUUCUACGGAAAAAAUGAAUCUACGCGACGACAAGGUCUAGCAUUUGCCUCAAACACAUCAAAGUGAACCGGCAAACUACACCAUUCGAU